AUUGCCCACUCGCCCGAUUGCCAGUCGACGAGUAUACAAUUUUUUCUGUGUCAAUAUUAUUUUAUUGCUUGCUGCCCGGGGAGAGACGCAAAAAACAAUUGAAAACCGCCCCGAUCCGCAGUGCCGAUUGCGAGUGAAAGCAAGAUGAACGAGGGCAGGCAGUACUCGAUCCACAGCCUGUGCAGGAUCUGCCUGAACCACCUGCAGAACGACGCCGCCUACGAUUUGUAUCUGGUGCCAGGACUCUCCAAGAAGCUCUGCUUCUGCACAUCCCUGUCCGUGGAGCAGAACGACGGCUUCCCGAAGAACCUGUGCACCCUGUGCUACACCAAGCUGAACGAGCUGCACGACUUUCAGAGGCAGUGCGUCGACUCAGUGCAAAAGUUCCAGGACCUGGUGGCCAGCAAUGUCUUCACCUGCCAGAGCAACUUCGACGUCCUGGAUCCCAAUGUUGCCGUGCAGGACUACCAGGGCGAGGAAGAGGACCACGUCAACUAUGAUCCCCUGCUGAACCACAAGAUGGAGCUGAUCGAGAACGAGGAGGAUGUCUUCAAGAUGCUGGAGCACGUCGACAAGGAGGCCGAGGAGGUGGAGAACGGAACCAAGGUGGAGGAGGAUGACAAGGCCAACGUCUCCAUCAAGAUGUUCGACGAAGAAUCCUCCAUCGAGAGCGGCAACGACAACGACCACGACCUGGACUUCGAGCCGAACAGCAGCGAUGAUGACAUUCCGCUGGCCCAGCGCAUGCGGGGACCAGCUACCGGACCAGGAUCCAGCUCGGCCAGCCAAAACAAACCCAAACCGAAGCCCAGGGGACGACCCAAGAAGAUAAAGCCGCCGCCACCGGACGAGGAGGAAAUAAGCGGCUCUUCGUCCGAGUCGGAUGACUCCGAGGACGGCAAUUCGCGCGGAGACAAACCGAAGAGGAAGCGCAUCCCAAUCGAGGAGCGCCACUUGCACCGCAUCAUCGACUGCCACAUCUGCCACCAGAAGUUCAAGAAGGCCAUCCGCUACGAGGAGCACAUGAAGUACCACAACGACCUGCUGCCCUUCCAGUGCAAGGUGGAGACCUGCAAGAAAGGUUUCACCACCGCCAACGGGCUGCGCAUCCACAUCGACCACGCCCACACGGAGCUGUCCGAGGUACAUGCCUGCAUCGCCGAGGGCUGCGGCAAGACCUUCCCGCGCGUCCGCCUACUGACCUUCCACAUGAAGAAGGUCCACGGCAUUACCAAGGCGGCGGCCCCGCUGCGCGACUUCCCCUGUCCGGAAUGCGACACUGUCUUCCGCUGCCCCACGGCGCUGAAGAAGCACAUGUACAAGCACACGGGUGAGGAGCUGCCGUACCCAUGCAACAUCUGCGGCAAGCGGUUUGUGAUCAACAGUGCUUUAAGGGAUCACCUAAUGCGACAUGCGGGCAUCAAGAACCACGUGUGCCCCUACUGCGGAGUGGGCAAGACGACGCGACAGGAGUGGAACGCCCACAUUCUUACACACACCAAGGAGAAGAAGUUUAAGUGCCGGCAGUGCGACCACGCCUCGCACAACAAACAGGCUCUGUCCAAUCACGUCAAGGUGGUGCACGAGAAGCGCAAGGACUUCGCCUGCCAGUACUGCGGCAAGACCUUCGGCAAGAGCCACGCCUGCAAGGUACACGAGAGGAGCCACACCGGAGAGAAGUGCUGCGAGUGCAAGAUCUGCGGCAAGAUUUUCCUUUGCGAGAAGAGCCUCACCAAGCAUUUGAAGACACACGAGAAACGGGAUCUGCCGCCGGCGGAGCCCCUUCGCCAGCAGCUCAACAUUCCCAUGCCCGGCCAGAUGCCCGGUCAGAUGCCUGGGCAGAUGCCGGGCCAGAUGCCCAUGCAAAUGCAGGCCGAUGGUUUGGUUCCGAUGGACCCCAAUCAGAUGCCCAAUGAGGACAUGCUUAAGGCGUGCGGCGGCGGGCCCGCUGCAGUGCCUCCCAAGCCGAAGAACUCACGACGCGUCCAACGGGUGGACAUCUCCCAAUUGGCCGGCACCGCAGUGAAUCCCAUACCUUCCGUCUCCGUGCCCUCGUGGUCGCCGCAGGUGAACUUCACCAAGAAAGAGGGACAGCACAUCUGUCCCGGCUGCGGACGUGGCUUUAACAACAUUGGAAACAUGAAACUCCACUACAAGAUCAUCCACGAAAAGGUCAAGGACUUCGCCUGUCGGUUCUGCCCCAAGAGAUUCUCCAAGGCGCAGAUUCUGCGCCACCACGAGUGGAUCCACACCGGGGAGAAGCCCUUCGAGUGCAAGCUGUGCGGCAAGCACUUCCGCCAGGAGACGGCGCUCAAGAAGCACAUCAAGACGCACGAGAAGCCCAACAGGAGGCACGUGCCCGAGCGCAGUGCGCCCACCCAGAUCACGUUCCGCAAGCUGGAGCCGGAUGCCGAGCCGCGGAACUUCGACCAGUACCAGGAUCCGGCGGUGGAGCGGGCGGCGGCCACAGCCGAGCUGCUGGCGCACCAGCUGGAGGAGAACGAGGCCAAGCGGAAGGCGGACAUCGAGCGGCAGAAGAUCGCGGCGGCGGCCUGCGAGCAGCUGACGAAGCUGCAGCAGCAGCAGGAGAUUAUGAAGGCCACCACCUCGUACGAUGGCUACUACGCGCAGAAGGCCCAGGCCGAGGGCACCAGCAUGGACGCCCUGAAGAUAGACCAUGUCUAGGCCCCGGGGUCGGCCCCUCUUUACACAUAUAUACACUAGCGACAUAUGUAUCCACUUCUUCAGCAGCUGUCACUGUCCGGAAAGUUUUAGGCAUGCCUCAAAUUGCUCUCUAGCUGGAUCAGAUUGUAGGUUUACGAACACUCUUAAUUACUCGAGUACAUAUUACAAUAUGAACACUUCUUAUUUUUACAUACGUUUAUACAUACAUGCAAUAUAUGUACUUUGUUUUCCGUAUAAUGUCUCCCGUGCUUACUUAGAGUAAUGGAUUAAAAAUAAUAUACAUAGCGCCAUUGGAGUUUGCUUUUAGUGGGAGGGACUCUCACGAGCACUUGGCAAUACCAGUGAUUCUUACUAAUAUUAAUGUGAAAUCUUUUUUUAGCCCAGAAGAACAUUACCCUUGAAACCCUAAGUUGAACUUAAGUUAAGUGAUUUAUUAGUUACACAGAUUAUUUUGAACAAAGUUUUACAAAUAUUAUGUAUGUCUUCAAUUUAGAUGAAUAAACAUUUUAUAAAGCCAAUAUCGAAAAUAUUUCGAAAACUUCAA